GGGGGUGGGGAGGGAGGCCAGAGGCGGCGGCGGGAGGAGGGUUCGCGUCCCUCCGUUGGUCCAUCCGAGGGAGGGAGGAAGCAGCGGCGCUUCUCCUCCAGUCCCGCCGGGCAGUGGAUGGGGAGAUGCGGCUCCUGGCCUUGGCCCUGGCGUUCCUGGCGGCUCGGGCUCCGGUCCCGGAUGUUUGUGAAGCCCUCAAUGUAACAGUCUCACCAGGACCAGUUGUCCAGUAUUUGGAGGGAGAAAACGCGACCCUUUUUUGUCAUGUUUCCCAGAAAAGACGGAAGGACAAUUUCCUGGCCAUCCGUUGGCUUUUUGCACUUUCUCCAUCACAGGAGAAGCUAAUGAUCAAAAUGACAAGACUGAAGAUGGUUCAGUACUAUGGAAAUUAUAGCCGGAGUUUUAACCGUCAGAGGUUUCGCCUCCUGGAAGAAAGGUACGGGAGACUGUACAGCCUCUCUGUUCUAAACCUUCAGCCAGCAGAUCAAGGCAGGUACAUAUGCAAAGUCCAUGAAGUCGGCAAACACAAGAGUAAGUGGACCACGUGGUCGAACGGCACGGCAGCCACAGAACUCAGAGUUAUUUCUCCCAAAGCAUCAGAUGAUUCCACUUUUGAGAAAAAGAAAGAGACCUGGGCAUUUUUUGAAGAUCUCUACAUGUACGCUGUACUCGUGUGCUGCAUCGGGAUCCUCAGUGUCCUCCUCUUCACUUUGAUUAUUCUCUGCCAAUCUCUGCUUAACAAGAGGAAAUCAAGAGUGAAACAUUAUUUGGUGAAAUGCCCCCAGAACAGCUCAGGUGAGACAGUCACCAGUGUAACAAGCUUGUCACCUCUCCAACCAAAAAAGAUGAAGAAGAGGAAAGAGAAGCCUGAUGUCCCUCCUGCAGUUCCUGCCAAAGCUCCAAUAGCUAAUGCUUUCCACAAACCAAAGUUGCUGAAACCACAAAGAAAAGUUAUCCUGCCAAAAAUCACGGAGGAAAGCUUAACAUAUGCUGAACUGGAGCUGAUUAAACCCCACCAGGCAUCCAAGGGCCUCCCCACCAGCACAGUCUAUGCCCAGAUCCUUUUUGAGGAGAACAAGAUGUAAACCUGCCUCCCAGCAUCUGCCUCCCAGGGCUUUUCUCAGUGUCCUAUUUAAUACUCAUCAGGCCCGUUAUUUAUGAAACCUCAGAAACAAAGUCCUUAUUUUUGUACUUUUUACUUUUACACUUCUGUGUUGUUGUGGGGCCUUUUCUUCAGUAACAUCCCUGGUGUUUAAAGGAGGCACAGAGUUGUCUCCUGACAAAGACACAGAAAUCCCAGCCUUCAGUCUCUUCUCUAAAGGAAUCCAUGAGGGAUUUGUCUAUUUUCUUUCUUUCUUUUUCUUCCUCCUAAUUUCCCUCCCUCCCUCCUUCCUUCCUUUUUCUUUUUUCCUUGUUUCCUGUCUUCCUUCUUUCCUCUUUCUUUUUUUUCUUCCUCCCUUCUUUUUUCUUUUCUUUCUUUCAUCCAUCCUUUUCUUUCUUCUUUCAUUCUUACUUCCUUUUUAUUUCUUUUUUCAUUUCUUUUCUUUUUCUUCUUUCCUGCUUUCUUUCUUCCUUCCUUUAUUUUUCUCUUUCUUUCUUUCCUUCAUUACUUUUUCUUCCUCCUUUCCUUCCUUCCUUCCUUCCUCCUAUCAGGACUUUAUCUGACUCACUUCUCAAAUUCCAGAGCAAUAGAAAAUAGUUUUCUGCUCAGACAGACCUCCUAAAGUCUCCUCUUUCACAGGACUUUGUUUGAAACCUAGAGAAUGUAUUUUUUACUCUUCCUGUACUGAUGAUAUCAAACUUAUAACAUAUAGCUAGAGGAAAAUGCCAUUAUAGAGGAAUGUGUAUGAUGGUAGCUGUCAUAAUUGGUUUCCAAAGGACCAGAAUCAUAUGGAGAGAGCACCUAGAAGCUAAAAAUCCAUUUGUAAGCUUUUUUUUUUUUUUUGGCUGCUUACUAAUUCCCUUGAUUAUAAGAUCCCAGGGACUCCAGUGGAUAAACCCCUGAGUUGGGAGUGGGCUUAGAGUAGAAUAAGUUUCAUUCCCAAACUGACUGUGAACUUUGGUUCUUCGUGGUGUUUCUAUCUUUUCUAUAUGCAAAAUGAAGAUGAAGCAGCAUGUUAUGGCAAACAGAAAUCAGACCUUCGAGUCUGGAACACCUGAAUUCAAGGCUACCUCCAAUGCAUAUUAGCUAGCUGUGUGAUCUUGGGCAAAUCACUUUAAUUUCUGAAUUCUCUCAGAACACUAAUCUGACCAUAAGUUACAGGGGAGUUGCUGAUAUGCAUUGGUGGAGACAAUUUUUAUACCUGGAGAUCCCUACUCUGAUGAAAUAUCUUUGGAUACCCUCCACCCCAAACCAAUAUUGUGAGGUCAAAUGAGGUAAUAUUGGUAUAGGCAAUGGAGCUCUAUGGUUGAGACAAUCUAUGUGAGUAUACAGCAUAAUUAUGUAUUAGCUAUGCCCCCCAACAUACGUCAUUACUGCCAUUUUCUCUUGAUACUUUGGGAGGAUGCUUCCCUUUUCAGCUGUGGAAUACAAUCAACAUUGAUUGGGGACAUAAACUGAAAUAAUUUAAUGUGUAAAAUUCUUCUGACCAUCUUCCACAAAUGAAAGAACAAGACACUGAAACCCACCUGGCCAAGCUAUCUUAGAGAAAUACUUCAUGGAGUGCUAAAGGGGUUUCUGGACCUGACACCAUCACCCCUCUGCACAGAAAGAGGAAAAAGCAUAGACCUGUAACUUGUCAAUCAGAUCCAAGAUUUUCAACAGCAGGAUUAUUUUGCAUAAACUGAAUUCCUAAUGUGAUCUUUUCUGAUGUGUUUGAUUGUUGUGAGGGAUUGUUGAAUGAACAUUAUGCAAGUUUGGGGAUGGGAGCUACAUCAUGAAACAUGUAUAUAAUGUAAAUAAUAUAUUUUAAAGUCUCCUCUGGA